AAAGCAGACUACCGCUAGCUCUCCUACUAACGAUUAGGUAUUCUCUGUGCCUAUUAUCACCUUCUUUUCCCAAAAGCCCUCGGAGCCGUUGUCCAUCUGACCAACGCCGACAGUCGAUAUAACUAUUGAGCUGCCGUGGGCUCGAUACCUGAAAUCCUACUAGGCAGUGGACCAUGGCAUCGCUUUUGCAGACGGCGCUGCUUGCGGGGCGACCAGCAUUGCAGCGGGCAGUUUUUGUUGGAACCCAAGCUACUACAGCAGCAUGCAAUGAUAUCAGCGGUGCACUGCUAGACAGGAGACAGUCUUCAUCGCAAGCUGGCCCUAAGGACGCCCCGUCGCCCCCACAGUUCGCACAGAGCCCCAUGGAUGCCUUUACUGCGGGUCUGCAAAAUAAGACAGAGCAGGAGCUGAUGCAGCUGAUUCAGCAAGCAAGAGACCAGAAACUUCAAGGCGGAGAUGGAGAAGAGGACGCUCCAGAGGAGGAGGAACAGGUGGUCAACCCGGAAACGGGAGAACUGUAUGGACCUCGUGGGAAAGAGCCAACUCGCUUCGGCGACUGGGAGAACAAGGGCAAGUGCAUCGACUUCUGAGCGACGUGUUUCUGACGGUCCCCGUUGGAACAUGUCUCCAAGCGCAGUAGUACUAAUUGGAUAAGGACGUUUGGCAACUCUAAGGUUUGCUUGCCCUGCGGUUGGUCAGCCCCGGAUCUGUACUGGUGGUGGAGGGCCCCGAAGCGUGCAACAUGCGUCAUGCGCCGCUAUGGUGUCCCAUUUCCGUUGUAACAACAGAUUUGCAUUACGUUUCUUACUUAUAGUGGCACGUUCACUAUGCUGAGCAGCCGGCCCCAGGGUCUACGCCCAUUGUCAGCAGCAAGCCGACGAGGCCCCGUGAUUCACCACCUACCUUUACUAAGAAGGCCGUCGAUAACCAGAACACUAAAGUCCAUCGAUGUGCCCUGCCAAAGAGACACAGCCGAAGAGGGAUGCGCAACGACCAGAGUCAGCGCGAACCUUCAGCAGCAGCAGCAGACAUCACAUACUGUAGUUCUUGCGUCCCGGCGUCGAGCAUUAUUCACCCUAGCUGCCGGAGCUCUAUCGCUGUCGCUGCUUCCAGGCUCGGUGCACGCGGAUGAGGACGCCAAACUGCCCAAGGAGUACCGCCAGCUAGUGAAGCGGCUGAGUGAGGGGCUACGGGAAACCAUCGAGGCGGAGGCCAGCGGGGCUUCUGAAGCGGAGGUCCGACGCAAGGCCGACCCAGCCAAGGAUACGGUUCGUGAGUUCGUGCGCAAGUGGCGUGACAACGCUCGAGUUAGCGGUGACAUCACGCAUGCGGAGAUUAAGGAGGCUCUGGCUGAGCUGGGCGAGUACUACAUGGCUCACGGCCAGCGGGCGCGGCUGAGCCCCGGGGUGCGUGACAGCGUGCUGGGGCACCUGGAUGCGGCCAGGGCGGCGCUGGGGGGGCAGGAGGGGGAGGAGGGGGAGGAAGGGAAGGUGCUGGGGCUGUUCUGAGAACGAGGACGGGAGGAGUGGAGGGAUUUUAGACACAGACGCCUGUUUGCAGUACCGGUACGCGUUGGAGAAUGUGGCGGUUUUGAGAUGGGAUAUCGAGAGGGGUGCGUGAGUGGGCUGAGGGAUGCUGGAAGAGCUGCAUUGGGUGCUGCCUGCCUGACUGGC